AUGGCCGGAGAAAACGCGGCGGCGAGUGCUAUUUGUUCAAUCUGCUACGAAGAUCUGAAACCGGUGGCUGAGAAUCUGCAAGCGAUCUCCGCCUGUGGCCACGUCUUUCACGAACUAUGUUUGCAGCAAUGGUUUGAGUACUGCCCGGCUACGAAUAAGCGAAAUUGUCCGAUUUGCAAGCAGAAAUGCCAUCUGAAGGAUCCUUGCCGACUCUAUUUCCAGUCAUCUGGGAAUCAAAUCGAUUCGAUUGCCUCUCAUAAGGCUGGGGAAAUCGAGGAGGAUCCGGCGUUGUUGAGAGGAGAAGUGAAGCGGCUCCAAGGGAAGGUGCAGAACCUCAAUUCGGCUCUGGAAGGGCAGAAAAAAGAGAACUCUCAAGUCUCCGAUCAGUUGCAACAAUGCAAGGAGCAAUUGGAGGUGGACAAAGUAAAAAGGUGGGAGGCUAUGCAAAAAAUAUCAGCGACCCAACACUUGCUUGAACUAAAAUCUGAGGAAUGUGUUAAACUUAAUUCCCAAUGCGCUAAGCUACAAGACAGGACUAUGGCUCUUGCCAAGGAGCUCGCAGCGCUUAAAUUGGUUUCCGACCUAAGCUUGGAGGAAGAUGAUGUUCUGAAGCUAGCCUUGCUGGGGAAUACUGCUAAGACAAAAGAUACGAUAGACACACUAGUCAAGUCCUUGGUCAUCCGAAACAGGAGUUAUAAGGAGUUGCUAGCUAAGUGUAAUCAGCUGGGGAGAGGCGAAGCUCGAUCUAGUGAGCGACUUGAAAAAGCUUUGGAGAAGAUUGAUAAAUUAAAGAAGCGAGUGAGGGAACUCGAGAUAAUAAGUGAAGAGAGUGAAAACAGAGCUCUAAGGAAUAUAAGAGAUUCAAUGAGAUGCAGUGAUAGAGAAGUUUCCAAGCCUGCGACCGAGAGCUUCUCUUUCAGAAUGCCUCCAUCAGAAAACAUUGUGGAGAGAAUCUCUACACCACCACUUGGUAAUCUAGAGAAGAAGAAUGAUGGCUUGACUAAUCAUGGAUCACGAGACUCUUUUUCUAGCAAACCGGAGUCGGUUAUCGAGGUAGAUGAUGAUGUUCCUGAAACCACCAUUUCUGGCAUCAGACAUUCGGAUUCUAAUAUGAAAGAUCAGAAGAGUGAGGGUAAAAAUACUAUUGAGGAGAAAUUUGAUAGUCCCAUGACCAAGGAUUUGAAGUUUAACAUCAGAGAAGACCUGACAUCAUCAGUCUCACCUCACAGCAAUGGUGGUGGAGACAUUUGGAUGUCAAAUCAAAAUAUCAGAAGAUGGAGCAAACAAGGAGAGAGAAACGAAGCGACUCCUUAUGUCUCAGGCAAGGAUGAUCUCAUCUCUUUUGGACCUGAUGGUAAAGGUGGAAGAAUCAAAGUUUUGAGAUCUAAACCACAAUUCUCUAAUGCUAAUGCAAGCUCAGGAAGUGGUAAGAGAUUCAAGAUUGGAACUAAAACAAAUGGUUCGUCGUCUCAAGGGUGUCUGCAGAUCGAACACUUUUUUGGAAAAUCCACUCGCUAA